AUGGCUAACAAGCAGAAAAAGAAGCAAGCCAAGAAAGCUGCUCAACAAGCCCAACAAAGCGCCCAGAAUGUCGUAGAGAUUCAAUUGGGAUCCCCUUCGAGCCAAUCGUCUGCACCAUCUCCCCAACCUCCACAGGGCCUCCGGAAUCGUCAAAGCCCGCAACAGGCGCAAAAAAUAAUAGCUCCACCGAAAGUCUACAAUCAUGAGAUCAUCCUCAAUGCUCUCUCGGAUGCUGGAUAUCAUCGUGCUCGUGUCACUUCUCUUUCGCUUUAUGAUAGAAUCCUUGGUGGCAUCUGCUGGGCCAUGAGCAUGAGCUAUCCGAAACCGAAAGGAAAGCAGUGGUGGUUUUUUGAAGAGGUGGAUGGAGCGAAAAAGAAUGACAAGGAGAGGCAAGCUGAAAUCACGCAAAUGAUGCAAGUCAAAAGUGACAUUCACUGCAAUCUGAAUGCCAGCAACCAUGACAUCCUCAACAUGAAUCCCCAAGUUGUUGGUCCACUUGUGGAUUUUGUUCUCGCCAGAAUCAACAACAUGGUUCUUGAUAAAAAUGCGUUCUUCACCUGGAGCGGCCUCUUCGUUUGCCGAUAUGACAAUCGUCCCACCUUCCUUGAAGAGCACUUCUAUGCACUGAGAAUCUUUAACACAAAUCAAUACUCGGAUGCGAUUCGAAUGCUAAAAUUCGAUCAUUCCAUCAUUCGAGAUGAUUGGGUUACUGGCAGGCAGAUGCUGUACGAGUAUGCUAACUAUAGUCGUACCGGCAGAAGAACCUUCCCGAGCACUGUUGCGGAUGGAUAUGAGAUUGUUCGUAGACCGAAUCCGGAGCUCGUCUCAGCCGCUGUUCGUGACAAAUUGGAUAUUCUCAUGGACACGAUUAUGAAUAGUCUUACGGAAAGAACUCACGAGAAUGUUCUCGCUAUGAUUGAUUUGGUUGAUGAAUUACGUUUUGCCGUUCGCCUAUCCCAAAUCGAGAUUCGAUUCUAUCAAGAAUGUGGGGCCUUCCACAAAAUGUAUUCACAGUUUCACGAUGAGGGCUCUGCUUUCCUCAAAACCAACGCUGUUGCUUAUGAGAUCAAUCCUUCCGACCCCAUCAAAGUUACCGAGUGUGUGGAAGACAUCAAAGAACGAUUCCAAAUUCUGAAUAAGUACCUUUUGGGGAACGAAAUUGUCGAGAAAGAAAAGAGAUCGCGUAACUUGCGUCAAAACUACGACGAAUACGACCCGCUGGGAUACUACCAUGCUGACAACUCCCAUAGAGCCGACGUUCUGGACAAGGAGGUUAAAAAACUUCGAUUGAGAGCCAUGCUUUGUAACGAGAUUCCUAAAGAGCUCGAUCCAGUGUUUGAAGCUUACAACAAUCUUCAAAAGAAGAAGGAAGAUUCGUUCCCCGAGCCAACCGAGGAGCACAUCGGCCUUUUCCAGGAUAUCGAUUAUGCGCUCGUUGACGACAUCACGUUCUUGAUGACAUCGGUUACCAAUAUGCUUGACGAGCUUGAUCAGUUGCCUCCAAUUGUCGACAAAAUUGACUACGACUUCCGCCAAGCCACAAGAGCUUAUGCAAACGACUGUCAUAAUAUCCUUUCCGAUUGGUACUGGAAGGCUCGGAUCUUAAAAGAAGAGCGCAGAAAUUUGCACCGUAAGAUGAGAGAUCUUCGUAUGGAUGCCAAGAUUGUCAAGCACAAAAUAUUUUUUGCAAAGCCGGAAUCCACUUUGCUGAUGAAACUCAAUGGAGUACUCGGCAGUGUCACCUAUACCUUGAAACGUUGGGAAACUGAGUCAAUGGAGUUCAAGAUCGACUGGGCUAGCAAGAUCGCUGCGAAGGAGGACCGAGAGGCUAAAGAGGCUAAAAUCAAGGAGGAGAAGCGACUUCAAGCGUUGGAAGAUGCAAGAGCCGCUAAGCAGGCCAAGAUUGUCAAGUCGAACAAGAAAGGAUCUGGCAAGAAAGGCAGAUUUGGCAAGAGACACUAA